CCCCUGAUCACGCAGAUGCAUACCUACCUCCCUUAUGCAUUUGCGCAAACCAGGGGUAGUUUACCCCGAAGAUUCAUGUAUUAUAACGAGCUUACGAAAGAUUCAUUAUUUCUUUUAUUGCUAACCUUCAUUGAUGUCCCAAAAUUCAAUGUCUGUUGUCAACGUUGCAUCCAAACACGAACUUUUAUUGUUUGAACUAGAGUCUACAGAUGCAGGCAAUAUCGGUCUGGUCAUCAGAGCCAUUUACGAUGGACAGGAACAUCAACAGUUCAUGGAAAAGCUCGACGAUAGGGUAAAGAGCCAUGACAAAGAUAUCGAGCGCAUGUGCAACCAUCAUUACCAAGGGUUUAUUGACUCUAUUAGGGAGUUGCUGCAAGUUCGGUCUCAAGCGCAGCAGUUGAAUAAUGAAGUACUGGAACUCGAUAAACGGAUCAUGGAUACAGCAGCUGGAGUUAUGGCGAAAGGAGAGGAACUAGUAAAAGCUAGAAAAGUGGAAAAUAAUAUGGCUGCUGCGGUCGACAGUCUUACCAUGUGCCUUCCCGUUCUUGCUGCUUAUGCAAAACUCCAAAGACAGAUGAAAGAUAAACGAUAUUAUCCAGCGCUUAAGACUCUUGAACAACUCGAGCAUCACGAUCUACCUAAAAUUACCAAUUACCGAUUCUCUUCCCAAAUUACUCAACAAAUAUCAGUGCUACGUGAAAAUAUAAAAGAUGCAUCUAUGUCAGAUUUGCGAGAUUUUCUGGAAAAUAUUAGAAAAUAUUCUCCCAAAAUUGGAGAAGUCGCCAUGAAACACACCGCUGAACAGCUUGUCAGUGAAGCCGAAAUUAUUGGGCGAAAAAAGAAACGGCAAGCUACUCCACAGCCAAAUAUUUUAGCAGGUGAUACAGAGGAGGAACUCAGCGCUCAAGAUCUCAUGGACUUUAGCCCAGUCUAUCGUUGCAUGCAUAUUUAUACGGUACUGCGUGAAAGCGAUACUUUUAAGGCUUAUUACAGGCAACAACGAAAGCAACAGGCCAGACUUGUUCUGCAGCCCCCAAAUAACAUGCACGAGAGUAUAGUUGGUUAUCAAUCUUAUAUUCACGGUAUUCUGGGAUUUUUUGUCGUUGAAGAUCAUAUUCUGAAUACAGGAAAUGGAUUGGCGACCCGAUCUUAUCUGGAAGAAGUUUGGUCCAUGGCAAUCUCCAAGAUCGUAAAUGCUUUGAGGACGAAUUCCGCCUAUUGCACAGAUGCCACACUCAUUUUAAAAAUUAAAAAUUUGUUAAUGUUGUUCAACACUACGUUGAGGAACUACGGUUACCCUGUCAGUCAACUUUGGGAAUUACUGCAAGAGAUAAGAGUUCAUUACAACGAAGUUCUGAUGCAGCACUGGGUUCAAGUGUUUAGGGAUAUUUUGGACGAAGACAAUUUUCUACCAAUUCAAGUUUCGUCACAAGCAGAAUAUGACCAUGUACUUGGAUCAUUCCCGUAUCAUGACGAAGCGCUGCAAAAAGCAGAGUUUCCAAAGAGAUUCCCAUUUUCCGCAAUGGUACCGAAAGUAUAUCAACAAGUCAAAGAAUUUAUAUACGCCUGUCUAAAAUUCUCCGAGGAUUUGAAUCUCACCCAAACCGAAGUUGACGAAAUGAUUCGCAAAUCUACCAAUUUAUUACUCACCCGAACCUUCAGUGGUUGCCUUUCCUCACUAUUCCGAAAGCCAUCGUUAGCUCUGCUUCAAGUAGUACAGAUUAUAAUAAAUACUGGCUAUCUUGAAAACUCCACCAAAUACCUGGAGGAAUUUGUUUCCAACAUAACAGGAACGCCUCAUGAGGGUCAAUUAAGCUGUGGCGGGGUUCAGUCAGCGAUGUUUAGAGUUGCGAGAGAGGAUGCAGAGCGACAAAUAUGUGAUAAACUGAAGCGAAAGCUGGAUGAAUUUUUAGAGUUGGAAAAUUACGAUUGGAAUCUAGCCGAGCCUCAAGGACAUGCGUCGAGUUUUAUAACAGAUCUCAUAGCGUUUUUGCAGAGUAUUUUCAUGUGCUUUACGAAUCUGCCUGAAGAGGUUGCGCAAGUUGCGUGUAAAUCAGCAUGCUUGCACAUAGCUAAAUCCAUUCAAGAAAUUCUGAUUAGCGACGACGUAAAACAAAUCUCCAUGGGUGCGCUGCAGCAAGUUAAUUUAGAUACCAUCCAAUGCGAACAAUUUGCGGCAUCCGAGCCAGUUGUGGGAUUACCAGAGGGAGUAUUGCUCCAGUAUUUCGCUGAGCUGAGACAGUUGUUGGAUCUGUUCAUGAGCUUGGAUUGGCCUACUUAUUUUCACGAUUACGGGCACGAGUCUAGUAAAUACAACUUGGUUACGCCAAACACAGCCUUGAUACUGCUCGAAAAACUGAGGGAAUCUGAUAAAAAGACAGUAUUCUCUGUAUUAAAGAAAAGCGAACGCGAUAAGAAGAAACUUUUGGAAACCGUGCUGAAGCAGUUGAGACAGCUGGCACAGACUACGCAACAGUAAAAAAUUACAUCCACUUUUUGUCGCGCAAAAUAGACCACGCUAAAAACUGAUUUGUGAAUCGCAUUGAUUUCAUGCUACUGAAUCGAGCAAUAAGAUAAUCAGGUAGGUAUUGUUCCUAAGUAGUCAAGAUUACAUUCUAUAAGUUCUCUUAUAUCAAAACAACAAUCUUUAUCAGUUAAUAUGUUGAAUAUAUUUUUAAACUCGUUAUAAGCAAUUUUAACUUUGGUUACAUAUUCAGUGAAUUAUAGCGUGAUGCGUUCGAGCCGAAACCAAUGACAAAUGUAAAAUAAAAUUAAAUAUAUUUUUUCGCUCAUCCAAUCACAAUUUCACGCGAUUCGUCCCCUUCGUACCAAUUCGAUAUAAAUUCUCUGUCGCGAUAGUAUGCCUAAAAUCUCACGGAAGAAUUUACAAAGUAAUUAAGAGAAUAUACAAUCUGUUUUAUUGUAUCUUGCAAUUACAAGAGUCAAACUUCCUCAAACAAUCACGCGUUAGACGUAAUCAAGUUUGCAAAGGUGAUAAAACUAUCUUCAUUCACCUCGAGAGCUGGUAGCCCAAACCUUUCAAACUUUCUUUGAUCGCGGCAGCUUUUUCGGCAGAAGCGGGGCUUAAUGGGGCUCUAGGAGGUCCCAUGUCGAACGGUGUUAGAAGUGCCAUUGCGACUUUCAUGGUCUCGACAAAAUGACCUGAAAGCAUUGAACAAUUUCAAUUAUCUACAUAGUUACGUCAUCAUUCGUUGCCACAAUGUAAUUUUGUCACGUCAAUUACCAUGUUGGAUAACGGCAGCUAUGGAUUUUGCCACAGUUUGCUGUAUUUCUUGGGCUUUUUUCCAGUCUCCUGAUUUACUGGCUUUCUGUAUAUCGACUAAUUGAUCACCAAAAACAUUUAGCGUCCCCGCUAUUGCGGAGUCGUGUCCCAGGACAAAGGCACCUGCUAACGUCUGAAA